UAGCCACGCGUUAUCUCUCACUUCCUUUCUUUUUUUCUCUUCAAUUUUCUCUCUCACUUUCUCGGAAAACAAACACAAUGGCCGAUCAGCUCACCGAUGAUCAGAUCUCCGAGUUCAAGGAGGCCUUCAGCCUCUUCGACAAGGACGGAGAUGGUUGCAUCACUACCAAGGAGCUUGGAACGGUGAUGCGGUCGUUGGGGCAGAACCCGACAGAAGCUGAGCUCCAGGACAUGAUAAAUGAGGUUGAUGCUGAUGGAAAUGGGACAAUUGAUUUCCCAGAGUUCCUCAACCUGAUGGCCAGGAAGAUGAAAGAUACUGACUCUGAGGAGGAGCUCAAGGAAACAAUGGCCGAUCAGCUCACCGAUGAUCAGAUCUCCGAGUUCAAGGAGGCCUUCAGCCUCUUCGACAAGGACGGAGAUGGUUGUAUCACUACCAAGGAGCUUGGAACAGUGAUGCGGUCGUUGGGACAGAACCCAACAGAAGCUGAGCUGCAGGACAUGAUCAAUGAGGUUGAUGCUGAUGGAAAUGGGACAAUUGAUUUCCCAGAGUUUCUCAACCUGAUGGCCCGGAAGAUGAAAGAUACCGACUCCGAGGAGGAGCUCAAGGAAGCCUUCCGGGUUUUCGACAAGGACCAGAACGGCUUCAUUUCUGCUGCUGAGCUCCGCCAUGUAAUGACAAAUCUUGGUGAAAAGCUCACAGAUGAGGAAGUUGAUGAGAUGAUUCGUGAGGCCGAUGUGGAUGGCGACGGCCAGAUCAACUAUGAGGAGUUCGUCAAGGUCAUGAUGGCCAAGUGAGGACCAAUCAACCCAAAAAACUAAAUUUGGGAAGUAAAAAAGGGAAGGUCAAAAUGAGAAAGGGUUAAAAAGGUGAAGCAGGGCAGAUAAGUUUGGACGAGAAUUCUAUUUCUGGUUAGGACCUGUUGAUUUGGUAUUUUAGCCCUAUUUUGGGUGUGUCUCCGUUUUUUCUGUUUGUAUUUGUUUUUUUUUUUAUAGUGCUGGUCUUUUGUGUUCUACUUGUUUGCUCUGCUUCUUGCUUUUGGUUUGGGUUGGGUUAGAAUCUUCUCUUCUGACUAUUGCUGGUAUUUUCUUCUUACAUAUGAUAUUUUAUGAACCAAGAACAAUUUGGAGGAGUUCAAUGUCUUUUUUGUUUGUUUGUUGCCAAUUAUGGGUGACUGAUUUUGUUAAUAUUCAAUAAUUUUUAGUGUAUAUUUUCUUUA